GUAAUUUUGAACAAGCCAAUGAGGAACUGAGGGGAAUUAUCAAGAAGAUCUGGAAGCGCACUAGCAUGAAACUACUGGAUCAAGUCAUCCCACCUAUAGGAGAUGACGAGGUGACAGUGGGAAAGUUCUAUGCCACUUUCCUAAUACAGGAUUAUUUCAGGAAAUUGAAGAAGAGACAGGAAGAGUACUAUGGCUACCGGCCCACCAAGAAAAGUGCUACCCAUGAGAUACAGGCAGGCCUGAGGAACAUUGAGGAGGAGGCAGCGCCAGAGCUCCAUAGGGCCAUCUCUGGAGACCUUUUGACUGAGGAAGAGGUGGAGCGAGCUACUGACAAAGUAGCUGUGGAGGGCAUCUUCAGGAGACAAGCUAGUCUUUUGGGAAACCACUCGGACCCUUUUUCUGUAGAGCGUGAGAUAGCCAGUGUUGGCCAGGCCACCAGCCAGCGCCCUCUGCAGAUGGCAGAAGGAGUCAACAACAACAGCGACACAAGUCACAGCCGUCAUUAACAGCAGCCUGGAGGAACUGGCCUCUAACCAGGAGGAAAGACUAGUGUUCACCAUGAAGUGCUACCACAUGUAACACCCAAAACACCGCCUGCUGAAGAAAGACGUUCCUCAUGAAAUGAUUCAACACUGGGCUAGUGUGAACACUUUGCACUGUUUUUGCUGUUUUCAAAAAUAUCUAAAAGAUUUCUUACAAUUCGUCAAAUGUUUUGGUAAAUUCUGCUAUUUGGAUCCAUUGAUUGAUAUUGACAUAUUAUCACCUUGUG